GGUGCAGACAGAAGAGCCUGGAGACAGAGGAAACCUAAACUUCCUUCCUUCCCAGCCACCCUCCGCCCACUCCCACCAUGAAGAGGGAAAUAUUAACUUUGGCCUUCGCUCGAGCUGUCUUCGUCGAGUUCAUCUCCACUCUCAUCUUCGUCUUCAUCGGCCUCGGCUCGGCACUGAAGUGGCCAUCCGCACUCCCCAGCAUCCUGCAGAUCUCGCUGGCCUUUGGCCUGGCCAUUGGCACGCUGGUGCAGGCAUUCGGCCACAUCAGCGGUGCCCACAUCAACCCCGCGGUGACCAUCGCCUUCUUCGUUGGGAAUCAGAUCUCCUUCCUCCGGACGCUCUUCUAUGUGAUUGCUCAGCUGGUUGGGGCCAUCGCCGGGGCUGGCAUCCUCUAUGGUGUAACACCAGCCAAUACUCGAGGCAACCUGGCCAUCAAUUCGCUCAACAACAACACAACCCCAGGCCAGGCGGUCGUGGUGGAGAUGAUUCUCACCUUCCAGCUGGCUGCCUGCAUCUUCGCAUCCACGGACAACAGGAGGAAUGGCAACGUGGGCUCCCCAGCACUGUCCAUUGGCCUCUCCGUCGCUGUGGGCCAUUUGGUGGGGAUCUACUUCACUGGCUGCUCCAUGAACCCAGCACGGUCCUUUGGGCCUGCAGUCAUCGUGAGGAAGUUCAGCUCCACACACUGGGUGUUCUGGGUUGGGCCCAUCCUUGGGGCUUGCUUGGCUGCUCUGCUGUACUUCUACAUCCUUGUCCCCUACUGCAUGAACAUGUCAGACAGGGUGGCCAUCGUCAAGGGCACCUACGAGUCAGAGGAGGAAUGGGAAGAACAGAGAGAGGAGAGGAAGAAAUCCAUGGAGUUGACCCCACCGUAGGAGCUAAGUGGAAAACCAAGCAGAAUUGGAGGAAGAAACUCCACACAUGGGCUCAUGUGUGCACGUGAACACAUCCAGCUACAGUAGACUCUUAGGCAAAAGCCUUCUAACUCAAAGGCCAUCCGUGACUAAGAAGGAGCGGAGCAUUGCAGUGUGUGUAUAUAACCCCUCUACAUGAGCGUGAGCGCUAGAAGCUCUCCCAGCUUUACUGCUGCCAGCUGAACCCAGCAAAGGAGGUUGCCCAGAGCAGCCCUCCGUGGUGGUCCCACACCCAACGGCUGCAUCCCCAUCCUUCAAGAUGUGAGAUCUGCACAAUUCUGGGAUGCCUGAGCAUUGUGUGGGCAUUUGGCACGCGCAGGAUCUCACCCCGCCUUUGGUGGCCCAUGGGAUGGAAACACAGUGCAGACACCAGCAAGAGGAACAACUACUUUGGACAGGUGGGCACAGCAAGUCCCCCCAGCUCUCUCCCCACCUAUGCUGCUCGUAGAUGCUCUUUCACGCGUUAGCUGGUGCUGGUGCAUCCCGUUUAUUUGUGGCUGCAGAAAGAAAGCAAUUAUUAUAUAUAUAUAUUUUUUUUGAUUUUGUGUGAGUUCUUUGUAAUGUUGUGUAUUAUUUAUUGUGAAUAAAGGAAAUUCAAAUCAAA